AUGCAUUUCACCACAUCYCUUGCUGGAGAUUCGGUAUCAAGGAUGUGCACGGUAAUUGGCGUUCCACCAAGGAUCUUCAUGGGAACGACCCUCUCCUCCCACUUCACAAGCAGCACGCUCGUCGCUGGCUUGAAUCAGAAAGUCGACAAAAGACUUAUUCUUGGCUGGGUUCUACAUGGUGUCAUGGAUGACGGCUCCCGCAUUCUAGAGAAUAAGUUACAUGACGUUAUCAUCGACACUAAUCUCAUCGAUAAGCGGAUUGAGAGGCUAGAGAAUCUCCAAACGAAAGAUGAAGACUGCGUCCCAGAGCAAGAGCAAGAGCAUCCUCCUCUUCAAGUUCAGAGAGGAAAGCAUAUCCCAACCUUGACGGUCUGA